AUGGGGACAUCAUGGCAUAAUGUGAAUGGGAAGAUUUGGAUUUUUGUGGAUGCAGAAAUUCAAGUAGAAAUAAUGAGAGAUACAGAACAACUGUUAUCCUGUAGAUUCACUCAUUUGGGUGAUGGGCAAGAGUUGGUGCUUACAGUUGUUUAUGCGAGUACUGAUAGAAGUGGGAGAAUAGCUCUAUGGGAGGAUCUAUAUGACAUGUCUUCACACAUCACCAUCCCAUGGCUUGUGGGUGGGGAUUUUAAUGUCAUUACAGAUGACAUUGAGAAAUUUGGGGGUCUUCCUGUACAGUUUGCAGAAACAGAGGAUUUUAGACAAUGUAUAGACAUUUGCCAACUGAUGGAUCUUGGUUUUACUGGAAGUAUGUUCACAUGGUGGAAUGGGAGAUCGGAUGAGGCUUGUAUAUUUAAAAGACUGGACAGAUGUUUGGGAAAUCAGGCUCUGCAGAAUUGUUUUCCUAAUUUGGAGGUAGAGCAUCUCAUUAAACAAGGUUCUGACCACUCCCCCUUGCUGGUAAAUAUGAGAGCAGAUAGUAGACCAAUUAGGAAAUCUUUCAGGUUUCUUAAUUUUUGGGUAGAGCAUGAAUCAUUUCUAGAUGUAAUCAAAGAAAAUUGGGUGGAAUCUUAUGGCUCAGACCCCUUCUUUAACUUUCAUAAUAAGUUAAAAAAGGUGGGAAGAGCUCUCUCUAAGUGGAGUAGGGACACUUAUGGUGAUAUCUUCAAGCAAAUUGCAACUCUGGAGGAAGUGGUGCAGGUGCAUGAGCAAGAAUUUGAACAGAAUCCUACAGGGCUUAACAGGGAAAGGCUACAAAUGGUACAAGCUGAUCUGAUCAGGUUUUAUGCUAUUGAAGAAAAAUUUUGGAGACAAAAAGCAGGGAUGUUGUGGUUUCAGGAUGGAGAUAGGAACACAAAAUUCUUUCAUGCUCAUGUUAAUGGAAAGAGAAGAAAGCUACAAUUACAGAGAAUUCAAGAUCAUACAGGUACAUGGCUGGACACUGAAGAUGAGAUUGCACAGGAAGCAAUCAGAUUUUUCUCAGACCAAUUCAAAGAGGAAAAUAUCCCUACAGAUUUCUCUAUGCUUGAUAAGAUUCCUAAAAUGGUUACAGAAGAACAAAAUCAACAACUCUAUGAAAUGCCAGAUGAAGCAGAGGUGAAAAGAGCAGUUUUUGGUUUAAAUGGAGACAGUGCAGGGGGUCCUGAUGGUUUCACAGGAAGAUUUUUCCAAGCUUGUUGGGAAAUUAUUGCAAAUGACUUGGUGACCAUGCAAUCAGGAUUUGUUAAAGGCAGGAGUAUUGUAGAAAACAUUCUGUUGGCUCAGGAAAUUGUACAUGAUAUUAGGAUUAGAGGAAAGCCUGCAAAUGUUGUCAUUAAGCUUGACAUGGAAAAGGCUUAUGACAGAAUUCCUAAAAAGGAUUUUCCAUUCACAUAUUUGGGUGUACCAAUCUACUAUGGGAGAAGAAGGAACAUUCACUACAAGGAGAUAAUAGAAAAGAUUCAGAAUAGACUGAGCUCAUGGACUGGUAAGAUGUUAUCUAUUGGAGGAAGGACAACACUGAUUAAACAUGUUUUACAGAGCAUGCCUAUACACCUACUAUCCGCUUGUGACCCUCCUAGUGCUAUACUUGCUCAGAUUCAUAGAUUGUACCACAGAACAACCACACUGAAGGAAUACCAACAAGCAGCGAAACACAGUGUAAUUAGGAUGUUGAAAAGUUUUACCAGCAUAAAUUGCAACUGGUUGGAGACACUUUUGACAAAUGACAUGAAGUGGAAUUACUACUCCAAAUGA